AUGAUAACGGCCAUUAGAGAAAAACAGAAAAAUCCUAAGAAUGAUUCCAAAAAAGUAGAGAAAAAACGUUCAGACGGAGAAGAGAAUACGGUUAUGAACACGCUUAAAAGAAAGCAUAAUGAAACGUAUACUCGCAGUAAGAACCCAAAGGUACAUAUUGGUUGGCAACACUACAAGGCCGGACAAUACAAGCAGGUUUUCAAAGCCGACGGUGGCAAUGUUCGACAUCUACUAAUAUCAACGCUCGAUUUAGAAAUCGAUGACGUUAUUCUAUUGGGAACAGACGUAUUUUAUCCUGAUGGCAAAUCUAAAUAUGGUCAUUUGAAGGAAAUGGAGAUAUACCUGGCUUAUGCCUCUGGAAACCUAGAACAACAGCAAGCAAUUUCUAACCAACCUCAAAGGUCUAUUCUUCUUCCUGUUGAUGUAUGUGGGACUGUCAAAGAAAGACAAGAAAUUGUUAUUAGAUACUACCGAGAACGUCUGUCCAAGUAUUCCGAGGAAACGUCCAUAAUUUCAUGCAGUUCCAUUCGUCAAUGUAAAGAUAUCACCUCUUUCGAUGAGCCUGUUGCUGUUGACGAAGUUUACAAUCCUUGCGACAAUGGAUUUUCUAUUUGCAGAAUGCAAAUUGGAGGGAAAGAUUUCAUAGAUACAAAAUUUGAAAGAAUAGAUGGAGUACUGAAGAAGACGACCCAAUAUCCCUCAGCCGGAAUCAACAUAGAUGGUAUAAUUAUUCACGAAGCUCUUGAAAUUUGGGGGUACGAUGAAGACAACCUCUUGAUAGGUCUAGUAAUUGGCACCACAGAGAAUGUUCUGUAUACUUGGUUCAAGGAUAACGUCAUGAUCAUCAGUGGAUCAAUGAACAUAAUCGUGGUUACACAACCUGGGAUAUAUUCGUGCGAAGUCUCGUUUGCUGAUAUAAAACAAUUGUCAAAAGCCGUGCAAAUUAUUGCUUUAUCAGAUAUCAAUGAAACAACCAGUGACUCCAUAACAAAAACAAUAUGUAAUGCUUGCUCCUAUCCAUCGUCUAGUAUGACUACUACUACUUCACAAAACAGUGCUCUACAGUCGACAAGUAUAGAAAGAGGUUUCACUAAGGAAGAUAAAAUAGAAAAGAAGAUUGCCACAAAUCAACACCCUUUUGCUGUUCCAGAGGUUAUUGUAGAAGACCUUAAUAUAGACUACUCCUCCAUUAUAACAACUGAAUUAGUUUGA